AUGAAGCUGAACAUGUUGUCUCGACCAUUACACUGGGGUCUCCUGCUUCUUUGUAUAGUAAGCUUCUGCAGCCAGCUUGUGUCCACUGGCAACCAAAGCUCCCGAGGACAGAGAGGGUCAUCGCAGGAGAGGACGGGGACUUGUGAAGUGGUUGCAGCUCAUCGUUGCUGCAAUAAGAACAAGAUUGAGGAACGCUCUCAAACAGUCAAGUGCUCCUGCUUCCCAGGACAGGUGGCAGGGACAACAAGGGCUCUGCCCUCUUGUGUUGAAGCCUCCAUUGUUCGUCUGAAGUGGUGGUGUAAAAUGGAGCCGUGUCUGGAGGGGGAAGAUUGCCGUGUUCUCCCUGACCUCACCGGUUGGUCAUGUAUCUCAGGGAACAAAGUAAAGACCACAAAGGUGGCACGGUAG